CGUUGUUUAACCGUGUGUUUGUUUUGAUUGAGGUGGUUUUACACCGAGGACAAGACCACAACCCUUUUGCUUCACCACGACGACGUUGACAUCGUGUAAAUAGUUGUGGGAUUUUAACACGUCAUCUCCCGGUCUACCGAGGCGUUGAACCCGAGCUGUUUAGUCAUACAGGGUGUGUCUCUGUUCACUCACAGCGGACUCGUUUUUCCACUCUUUCCACCGGUUCCUCUCUCUGUCUCGCCCUCUCUUUACUACGAGCUCCGGUGCAGACCUCCUCCGACAGAACGAACUUUCUUCGAAUCAAACCAACUAUCAGCGAUCUAUCAGAAUGGCUGGUCGAGGCAGUGUGAGAGCCAGUGGAAACUUCAACGCCAACCAAGAUGCAGAGACACUCUACAAGGCCAUGAAGGGACUGGGAACCGAUGAGGAUUCCAUCAUGAAGUUGUUGACGUCUCGUAGCAACAGCCAGAGACAGCAGAUCAAAGCUGCAUACAAGACCCUGCAUGGCAAGGACCUGGUAGGUGAUCUGCAGGGUGAACUGGGUGGAAAGUUUGAGACUCUGGUAGUGGCUCUAAUGACUCCGCCCAUCCUCUACGAUGUGACAUCACUACGGAACGCCAUCAAGGGGGCGGGGACCGAUGAGAAGGUGCUGAUUGAGAUCCUGUCUUCUAGAACGGCCCAGCAGAUUAAGGACAUCACUGCUGCCUACCGCCAGGAGUUUGAUGCAGACCUAGAGGAGGAUGUAACAGGAGACACGUCCGGUCACUUCAGGAGACUGCUGGUCAUCCUGCUACAGGCCAGCAGACAGCAGGGGGUACAGGAGGGGAACAUAGAGGCUGACGCACAGGUAAGAGAGAGUCGGGGCGAGGGGACGGACGUAAAGUUUGACUGUUACACAUGCGCAGACCAGCUGGCAGACCAUGUGGAGACAGACCAGCUGGCAGACCAUGUGGAGACCGGCUGGCAGACCAUGUGGAGACAGACCGGCUGGCAGACCAUGUGGAGACAGACCGGCUGGCAGACCAUGUGGAGACAGACCGGCUGGCAGACCAUGUGGAGACAGACCGGCUGGCAGACCAUGUGGAGACAGACCGGCUGGCAGACCAUGUGGAGACAGACCGGCUGGCAGACCAUGUGGAGACAGACCGGCUGGCAGACCAUGUGGAGACAGACCGGCUGGCAGACCAUGUGGAGACAGACCGGCUGGCAGACCAUGUGGAGACAGACCGGCUGGCAGACCAUGUGGAGACAGACCGGCUGGCAGACCAUGUGGAGACAGACCGGCUGGCAGACCAUGUGGAGACAGACCGGCUGGCAGACCAUGUGGAGACAGACAGACCGGCUGGCAGACCAUGUGGAGACAGACCGGCUGGCAGACCAUGUGGAGACAGACCGGCUGGCAGACCAUGUGGAGACAGACCGGCUGGCAGACCAUGUGGAGACAGACCGGCUGGCAGACCAUGUGGAGACAGACCAGCUGGCAGACCAUAGUGGACGAGACCAGACACUCAAUCAGACUGGAGGGGACACCUACAGUAUGUGUCUUCUACAACAGAGUGGACGAGACCAGACACUCAAUCAGACUGGAGGGACACCUACAGUAUGUGUCUUCUACAACAGAGUGGACGAGACCAGACACUCAAUCAGACUGGAGGGACACCUACAGUAUGUGUCUUCUACAACAGAGUGGACGAGACCAGACACUAAAUCAGACUGGAGGGACACCUACAUGCGUUUCUCUUUUCAGACACCUCCUCCUAAUCAAACCAACGGUCACCAAUCUACCACAAUGGCUGGUCGAGGCAGUGUGAGAGCCAGCGGAAACUUCAACGCCAACCAAGAUGCAGAGACACUCUACAAGGCCAUGAAGGGACUGGGAACCGAUGAGGAUUCCAUCAUGAAGUUGUUGACGUCUCGUAGCAACAGCCAGAGACAGCAGAUCAAAGCUGCAUACAAGACCCUGCAUGGCAAGGACCUGGUAGGUGAUCUGCAGGGUGAACUGGGGGGAAAGUUUGAGACUCUGAUAGUGGCUCUAAUGACUCCGCCCAUCCUCUACGAUGUGACAUCACUACGGAACGCCAUCAAGGGGGCGGGGACCGAUGAGAAGGUGCUGAUUGAGAUCCUGUCUUCUAGAACGGCCCAGCAGAUUAAGGACAUCACUGCUGCCUACCGCCAGGAGUUUAAUAAGAACCUGGAGGAGGAUGUAACAGGAGACACGUCCGGUCACUUCAGGAGACUGCUGGUCAUCCUGCUACAGGUGAGGGGUCAGAG